AUGCCCCCAUCAGCCAGCUGUCUUACUACCUACAAGUUCAUUGAACUCAAUGCCUGUAUUAAACAGCCCAUCUCUGUUGGAGGGUUGGAGCUGAUCCUCUUGGAGCAGGAGGAGAUGAACCAGUACUUGUGCUUAGUGGACCUUAGCAACGGCGUUGCCGUCCUUAAGGUCAUCGGCUUGGCCAUGAACAUCCUGCCUAACUUCUCAGCCCAGUUCAUGCUGCUGGGCUGCGGCGGCUCGUCUAUGUUCGGCGGCUCCAAUCUGGGUGCCUACUACCAGGUAAUCGCUCGCGGCGCCAGCAUGGCCGUGAGCAAUGCGAGCUUCCAAGCUGGUGUGGCUAGAUGGCGCUUACAGGCACUGCGGGCGCUGCAGGACCGCAUCCUACAGGCCAAUAUGGCUGGGUAUGAAAUCUCUAAUAUCGACAAGCAGAUUACGACCAGCAAGAAGCAAAUUAAUCAGGCGCGUGAGAUGGAAGACUUUUUGCGCCAGAAAUAUUUGAACACGGUGCUCUACGCCUGGCUUGAGGCUGCCACACGCUGGCUAUACUACAACACCUACACGAAGGCCUAUGACCUGGCUAAAAAGGCUGAGAAAGCCUUCUAUUUUGAGCGUCUAGCGCUGCAGUCCACCUUGUUCAUGCACUCUGGCUCCUGCGCCUUUGACCUGCCUGAGGUGCUCUUCGACAUGGACUUCCCUGGCCACUAUAUAAGAUGCAUCUACUCCGCAGCCGUGACCCUCCCCUGUAUCGUCAGUCCUUACACGUCCAUAAACAGUACACUGCGACUGAAGGCGCAUAAGAUCCGCUUCCAGCCCUUGAAUGCCUCAGGCUCGGCCUAUGUUGAGACCACUGAUCAGUCUUCUGCCAAUUCAGACCCGCGCUUUACCACCUCAACCGUCCCCAUUGCCGCCAUUCACCCGGACUCCGGCUUCCGCCAGUUUGACUGGCAGUCCAUUACCGACCUCGUCCUCUCUCUGCAAUACACCUCCAUCAACGGCGGCGCCCAGAUGAUGCAGGGUGCCCAGACGGCCGUCGCGGCUUACCUUAAGCGCAUCGACUUUGCCUUAUUGGCUGGUGGUUUCUGGGCAUUUUUCAAUGUACAUUAUGAAUUUGCCUUAGCCUGGAUGGCCUUUCUGGCUACUGCUGCGCCUGCUCCUCCCUUGAACCCUUCUUCUAUUGAUACUCCAACCGCUGUUUCCCUACCUCUUCCUGACCUGAAUGACAAACUGCCCGUCUUCGCGGCCUCUCGGCCCGCUGGUUCCGUCGUCGUCUAUGACAUCUAUGUCUUCGCCGACCACUUCCCCGGCCAGCAUCUCGCCCUCUGUGCCGCGGGCAAGGAUGCCGCCUCUCUGAUCCUGGUUGUGGAUCUGUUAAUUGUUCCCGCCGAGUUGACUGGGUAUCAGGUCAAAGGUACCAGUGUGGUAGUUGGGGUUUUGGAGCUGGGACUGGAUACGCGGGUGGCAGGCAUGGCAGUGCAGACGUUGUGGGCGUGGUUAUUGUUCUGGUAUAUGAUGAAGUAG